UUGUAAACGCAGCAAAAAGGGGCAUAGCAUCUUUUCAGUUCUGCUCUCAACUCUUCUUCUUCUUCUUCUUCUCUAUCUUUCUUCUCUCGCUUCUGGUUCUACCAUCCGAGUCGACUCACUGAGUCUUCGCCAUGGACGAACAACAACAACGGCAACGACCUCAUCAAUCUCACGCAUCCAAAGACCCUUUCCUUCUCAAUUACCAACCUUCGGAGCUUCGAAUUGCUUCUGAGUUCUUCACGAAUUGGCUCCCUUUCCUCUCCAAAGAUCUCUGCAACCACUGCACCCAAUCGCUCUCCGAUCGAAUCCGCUCCAUCGACCCAGAACUCUCCCAUUGUGGUGGUCAAAAGGAAGUUUCCAAUGGUUCAGAGGUUUGCAAUGGCCAAUCCAAUGAGAACAGCGACAAUCAUGAUGAUAAUUGUGACACUCACUCAAUUGGGAGUUGGAAAGAUGGUGCUGAGGCUAAUUCACCAAUUGAGACGCCGAGUCCGCGCAUGUCAUGGGCUGAUAUGGCUCAAGAAGAUGAGUUUGGUGAAGAAGAGCAUGAAACCAUCAAUGGCAGUACAGCUGUGCCAGCUUCUAAUUCAAACCUUGAAGAAGUGGCUAAAGCUACCCCGGAGAAGCCUACUUUGCCUAGGGAGCAAAGAGAAUACAUUAGGUUCAUGAAUGUGAGGCGUAAGAAGGAUUUCAUGUGCUUUGAGAGAGUUAAUGGAAAGCUUGUUAACAUCCUUGAAGGGCUCGAACUCCACACGGGUAUUUUUAGUGCUGCUGAACAGAAAAGGAUAGUCAAUUAUGUUGCUUCCCUGCAGGAGAUGGGAAGGAAAGGGGAACUGAAAGAUCGGACAUUUUCGGCUCCUCAAAAGUGGAUGAGGGGGAAGGGGCGUCAAACUAUCCAAUUUGGAUGCUGUUACAACUAUGCAGUGGAUAGAGAUGGUAACCCACCUGGUAUUCUUCAAAGUGAAAUGGUAGAUCCUAUACCUGAUCUUUUUAAGGUCAUCAUUCGAAGGCUGAUCAAGUGGCAUGUACUCCCUCCGACUUGUGUGCCAGACAGCUGCAUCGUAAAUAUCUAUGAAGAAGGGGAUUGUAUACCUCCGCACAUAGAUAAUCAUGAUUUUGUUCGGCCAUUCUGCACGGUUUCUUUUCUCAGUGAGUGCAACAUACUCUUUGGAUCAAACCUGAAGGUUAUAGGCCCUGGUGAAUUUGAUGGCUCACUUGCUAUUCCCCUGCCCGUUGGGUCUGUACUUGUCCUAAAUGGAAAUGGAGCUGAUGUAGCUAAGCACUGUGUUCCUGCAGUUCCUACUAAAAGGAUUUCAAUCACAUUUAGAAGAAUGGAUCCUGCGAAGCGGCCUAUGGGGCAUGUUCCAGAACCUGAUCUUCAGGGUAUCCAGCCAUUGGCCUAUGAUAAUGACAGGGAAAAGAAAUCAACCGGAUUGAGAUCCAAUCGUAAUCCUAGAAGAAAUAGAGACAGGAGAGGUGGCAGAAACGAAGGAAUGGGAUCUGCGACUAGAGGCGAUAGAUAUUCAGAGCCCCGUGAGUCGAAUCAUAGUUCACAAAGAUCAUAUUCAGAGCCCCGCGAUUCAAAUCAUAGUUCACAAAGAUCUUCAAAUCGGUGGAGUAGGGGAAGGCCUAGCAGUUGAAAGAAACCGGUAUCAUCAUGAUCCAAGGUUCAUGUAUCCAAGAAACCUUCACACAUCUGCAAUUUUUCAAUUUUAUUCGGGUUCCAGCUUAUUAUUGAGUGACUUUGAAAUCAAGAAGGAUUGUGAUUUAGUGAAAGUAGUGCUUUGAGUCCUUUAGCAUGAUGCAUUAUACGGUACUGAUUGUUUAUAGGUAAACAUUUAGUUAAUAAUGGGAUUUGGUGAUUUGAGAUUUUAAAGUUGGAUCAGUUUAAAAGAUGAGUUAAGUAAUGUUUUCAAGUUCAUCAAUUGAUUGUAUUUUUUUUCUUUAUCCCUUUGAUGUCAGAGGUUCCAGUUCCACAUCAUUUGUAAUUUUACUUGAAGAAACUUAGGUGAAUGUUCACCUCACUGAUUAUUUUAG